AGAACGCGGAACCAAAUAGAAUUUCUAGAUGUUUUCCGAACGGAAGUCUGCACAGAAGGUUUUCUUCAGUUUUCGGGGAAAAUGGUUUAAAGUAGCAAAGGAGACAGUCGAGGGGUGGGUAAGACGGAGAAAGGAUGCUCAUGUCCGACAGGAAGCGUUGUUAAGAUGACCGAACCAGUUAGUGAUAUAAUCGGUAAAUUAUCGUGCACACGGCACAGUCGUCGCCCAAAGUGGUCACUGGGGUACUCAAGUGAAAGGUAUCCGCCGUAAACAUCCACCGAAUUACUCUCUACAAGGGCCACGCCCGAGAGGCGAACGCACGGCGCUGGUGAUAUAUCAGCGAAGCAGAAGGAAGGUGAACUUCGGGCAUGAAACGCUGGAAAUAUCCCUUAUCCGAGGGCCCAUUGGGGAAGAGCGCAGCCAAGCAUCAUGACGACCAAGAUGAGAAUACCCAGUGGCACGUGCUUAAUCUAACUGCAGGAACAUCAAAUCUUCAUCCCAGGACGAAGACAACUGAAAAAGCCACAUUUGAAAAUGUAAUCAUUUUGAAGAAAAUAUGUGGUACCUCCAAAAAUUUACAGGACAGGAGCAAGUACAGCAACAUUGUGGCAGUUUGCUCAACAUCACAGGAUCCGUGGUUGUGUCUGCAUUGUGGCAUGGUCAACUGUGGGCGCUACAUCAAGGGUCAUGCUAAAGAUCAUUUUGAACAGCACAAUAAUCACAUGGUUUGCAUUCAGUGUGUAAAUCUGGCAGUAUAUUGCUAUACAUGUGAUGAAUUUGUUGUUAAUGACACCCAGUGUGGACUCCUGGAGAGGGUGCGGCAGGACUGGUUCCAGUCUGUUGACAGCAAUCCCUCAGAAGACAAUGACUGUUCUGUAGCUGAUGAUGAUGAUCAGGGAUUUUGGAAGUCUGAUUCCCUUACAAAGGAGAUUCAGGAGAAUGUGCGGACCUUGCGGCCAAGGUCUAGGAAGAGGUCUCGUUCUGCAUAUAGCAGUAGUAUGGAAAACCGCCGAUACGAGAGACAGCAUGUCGGGAAACUGAAGAACUCAAAUCCUAAGCUGCGGGAGAAGAAAGUUGUAGGUUUAAGAAAUUUAGGAAAUACUUGCUUCAUGAAUGCAGUACUUCAGUCAUUAAGCAACAUUGAAGAAUUUUGCUACUAUUUCAAACAACUUCCAUCCUUAGAGAAUGCAAAAAAUAAUGGAAGGAAAGUGUAUCAAUCAAGAAGUCUGAGAGAGAUGAAUGAUGCUUUGAUGGCUGAAGAACUCAGGAAGAUUCUUAUUAGUUUAACACAAGGUGGAUCAAAAGGAGCAAUAUCACCUGAAUCCCUGUUCUUAGUCAUCUGGAAAAUAGUACCUCGUUUUAGAGGUUACCAGCAACAAGAUGCUCAUGAGUUCCUACGGUAUAUGUUGGAUCGACUUCACACUGAAUUGCUUCAUCUACUUCCUGACUUCACACUGAAAGACAACCCAUACAUCUCCCUUGGUCAUAAGAGUCGAUCUUCAAUAGUGACUAGUGUGUUUGGCGGAACUUUGCAGAGUGAAGUUCGGUGUCUGAACUGCAGUUCAGAGUCCAAGAAACAUGAUCCAUUCCUUGACCUCUCAUUGGACAUACCAGAAAAGUUUCAACUUCUCAAGAAGACUAAGGAUAGUGAAGAUUUACCACCACCUUGCAACUUAGCUGACUGUCUGACAAGCUUCAUUGAAGUAGAGGAAUUGGCAGAAACAGAGUUAUAUUACUGCAACAACUGUAAGAGUAAACAGAGGUCUACCAAACGAUUCUGGAUUAGAAGACUACCCAAUGUACUGUGUCUACAUCUAAAGAGGUUUAGAUGGCACAACUCCUUGCGCACAAAGAUAGACACAAACAUUUCAUUUCCAGUCACAGCACUUGAUAUGUCACAGUUUGUGUUAAGCUCCUUGCAUGAAACUCGGCGCUCAGGAAUGGGAAGCAAUCUCUAUGACUUAGCGGCUGUUAUUGUUCAUCAUGGUUCAGGGGUUGGAUCUGGUCACUAUACAGCAUUUGCAGUCAAUGAUGGUCAGUGGUUCCAUUUCAAUGACAGUACGGUCCGCUUAACCGAAGACGAGGUCGUGGCCAAGUGCAAGCCGUACAUCAUGUUUUACAUUCGUCGAGAAUUCCGGCUUCCUCAUCUUAGCUCGUGACAACUUUCGCAAGACAUCUGGAAUCUUGCUCCUUCUAAAUGUAGUUAGGGAUUCCUGCAGUUAUGAUUGAGCCUCCUCAUAGCGCUAACUGGGGUUCCUCUAAGUUGGAAGCAUAGAUUUGGGAUACACUUAUUUUUAAGAGCCUUCUCUGGGCUUCGUAUAAAGGGGAAUUUAAGUCAGAAAGUCAUUCAUAUGCAUUCCUUGUUCUCUGGUAUAUUCUGAUUUUUUUGAAACUUUGUGUGAUACAAGAUUUUAACACACAUUGAACUUGUUUAUUUCAAUGUUAUGUACAAUGAAUAUUUCAGUAUUGUAACUUUAUGGAACAAAUUAAGCAUGUGCAGGUUUCAGAUACAGAUUAUAAGUAUCUGUCUUUAUUUGCUGGUGAAGCCUCUUGACUUACAUUUAAGAUUCAUUUUGACGCUUUAUAAAUUUUUUGAAAUAUUGAAUUUAAUUUGUUUCAGACAGUUAUUGGAACAUGUGAAAUUAACAAAAUAGGAAAAAGAAUUUGUUUUGUAAGUUGUAUGUUUGAUGGAAGGAUUUACAUUUGUCUUAAGUUGAAUCGACAGAGCCGUAGGGUGAAUGUGAAUAUGUCACUGUCUCAUUUAUUAAGAAAAAUAUUUCCAGCAUAUUCAUCACAAUCCUUAUAGGCAGGCCUUUGUUCUAAAGUGUAUAAUCAACAAUUAGAACGUAAAUUGUUCUUUGAAGCAAG